AGCGACAACUGAAUUUGAAGGGGGGAGUUGCCAGCGGUGCAGAAACGGAGGAACCCACAAACUAUCAACAGUACCUUCAUGUCGUGUCACCAGCUGUUAUGUGAGCUACCUGCUAUCUGCCUGUCAUCGUUAUUCUAAAGUCUGUUCAUGCCUCUGACCUCUGCUCCAGGCCUCGCACACAGAUUGCCUGAUGAAGGGGGCCGAUGCGGAUACCGACACGGACGGCGAUUUGUUCCUCGCCUCUGAUGAAGAUGAAGAUUCCUCCUCCUCCUCCUCCCCUUUGCCAGUAACGCCAGAAUCCGCCACGUCGUCAUCAAAACCACCAGCGUCCCUGACGGGUCACGCCGCCGGAUGCGGCGACGGUGGUGGUGUCGGGAGCGACGGCAUAACGGAGCGGGAGUUCUCGUGCCACUGCUGCUAUGACGUGCUGGUGGACCCCACCACGCUAAACUGCGGCCACAGCUUCUGUCGGCACUGCCUGGCGCAGUGGUGGGAGUCCUCGCACAAGACGGAGUGUCCAGAGUGCAGGGAGAAGUGGGAGGGCUUCCCCCGAGUCAACAUUUUACUCAGGGAUGCCGUUGAGAAGCUGUUCCCCGGAGCGGUGCUGCAGAGGCGGGAGCAGAUCCAUGCCAAUCCCCGGGUCUCCCAUUCCGUGCUGGCGUUCCAGCGCCACGGCGACGAGCAGGCCAAUCGCGGCGUGGCGGCUGGGGGCCAGAGGCGAGGGGCAGGGGGGUUCUUCUCCGGGGUGCUGACGGCCCUCACAGCCGUGGCGGUGAUGCUGCUGGUGUACCACUGGAGCAGUGGGGAGGGGGUGCAGGAGCUGCUGGUCAGUAAGCCCGUGUCCAACUGGAGCCCUGAGGACGUGGCCCUGUGGCUGGAGCACCUGGGCCCCUGGGCCGCGCUCUACAGGGACAGCUUCGACACGGAGCAGGUCAACGGCAGGCUGCUGACUCUGCUGGAUGAGGAGGAGCUGUCCCGGCCCCCGUACAGCGUGCUCAACCAGGCCCACCGCCGCGCCAUCCUGGAGGAGCUGGAGAGGGUCCGCGCCCUGGGCGUCAAACCACCGCAGAACCUCUGGGAGUACAAGGCAGUGAAUGGUGGGAAGUCUCUGUUCCUGCUGUACGCUCUGAAGAGCUCGCCCCGCCUCACGCUGGUCUACCUGUACCUGUUCGACUAUGAAAACACCUUCCUGCCCUUCAUCCACACCUGCUGCCCCGCACACCGCCUAAACAGGCCCCUGGACGGACGACCCGCAAAAACACCAGAGGAGGAUCCCAACUGGAAGCAGUGGUCGGAGUUCCUAGUGAAGUACGCGCUGCUUCCCUACCAGCUGAUCGCCGAGUUCGCCUGGGACUGGCUCGGCGUGCACUACUGGACGUCGCGCUUCGUCAUCGUCAACGCCAUGUUGCUCUCCGUGCUGGAGGGCUGCGCCUUCUGGAGGAUCUGGAGCCGCUCCGAGAUCAGGACGCUCCCUAAGAAGAUGUGGAGUCACUUCUGGAAGAUGAUGUCCCAGGGCCUGGCCUUCAUCCUGCUGUGGCCGAUGAUCCCCCAGUUCGUGUGCAACUGCCUGUUCUACUGGGCGCUCUACUUCAACCCCAUCAUCAACAUAGACCUGGUGGUGCAGCAGCUACGCCACCCAGACACACAAGUGCCAUGAGGGAGACAGGGAGGUUACUCCUUAAAAACGAACACACACACACACAUACA